UACCACAAAUACCUUCUUCAACACUCUCUAUAUAUACCAAACACCCCACUUCCUGAUUUACCCAAAAAAAGAAACAAAAACUUACUCAGAUACUUGUUAUUUUCUUCAAUGGAAACACAGGUGGAAUGGUUUUGGGUUUUGGCUCUUCCUUCCAAAUGUAAAACUUUCUCAUCCUUUCACAACAUCUUUUGUUUUUUUAUUUUUCUUUGCAUGGCUUCGCUAUCCAUGGCUUUUUGCCACUGGGCUUACUCUGGAGGCCCCGCCUGGGGUAAAUACUGGCUCAAAAGAGGAGUAAAGCCUAGGACAAUACCCGGACCUCGAGGCUUCCCGAUACUUGGAAGCAUCAGUCUCAUGACCAGCCUGGCUCACCACAACCUGUAUGCAGCAGCUGAAUAUUUCAGAGCAAAACGACUCAUGGCUUUCAGCCUCGCUGACACUCGUGUUAUCAUCACAUGCAAUCCAGAUGUGGCUAAAGAGAUCCUAAACAGCUCCGCUUUCGCUGACCGUCCAAUUAAAGAGUCUGCUUAUAGCUUAAUGUUUAACCGAGCAAUAGGGUUUGCUCCUUACGGAGUUUACUGGCGAACGUUAAGAAGAAUCGCUGCAACUCAUCUCUUUUGUCCCAAGCAGAUUAGUUCUACUGAGUCACAGAGAUCUGAUAUCGCCUCCCAAAUGGUGUCCAUCAUCGCAUGCUGUAGCGGAACGAUUCGAGUACGUGAUAUUCUCAAGCGGGCUUCACUUAAUAACAUGAUGUAUUCAGUGUUUGGUCGUAAAUAUCAACUACGUUGUUGGAAUAAUACUGAAGUUGAUGAACUACACCGGCUAGUUGAAGAAGGUUACGAACUGUUAGGAAAGCUUAAUUGGUCUGAUCACCUUCCAUGGCUAGCAGGUUUUGACCUCCAAAAAAUCCGGUACAGAUGCUCAAAACUAGCCCCGAAAGUGAACCGGUUUGUGACCCGGAUCAUUCAAGAACACAAGAACCAAACCGAUCAAAAGAACAAUGAUUUUGUGGAUGCUUUACUCUCUCUUGAUGGAGCCGAUAGAUUGUCACACCAUGAUAUGGUUGCGGUUCUUUGGGAGAUGAUAUUUAGAGGAACGGACACAGUUGCAGUUUUAAUCGAGUGGAUACUCGCGAGGAUGGUACUUCACCCGGAUAUCCAAUCAAAGGUGCAUGAUGAGCUUGAUAAAGUUGUGGGAAGAUCAAAGCCGUUAACUGAAUCUGAUAUUCGAUCAAUGGUAUACCUGCCAGCGCUAGUAAAGGAGGCUUUAAGGCUACAUCCACCGGGGCCACUUUUAUCAUGGGCCCGUUCAGCAAUCACUGACACCGUAGUCGAUCGUUAUCACGUGCCUGCAGGGACCACGGCUAUGGUUAAUAUGUGGGCCAUAAUGAGGGACCCACAGCUGUGGGUGGACCCCGUGAAGUUCAUGCCGGAGAGGUUUAUCGCGAGUCAAAAUGGUGGUGACGAGGACGUGGCAGAGGCGUUUUCGGUGAUGGGGUCUGACCUCAGGCUGGCGCCAUUCGGGUCGGGUCGUAGGGUGUGCCCGGGAAAAGCGUUGGGUUUGGCCACGGUUACGUUCUGGGUAGGGAGUUUGUUGCAUGAAUUCAAGUGGGUGAAAUCGGAUGAUGAGUCGGUGGACCUUCGUGAAGAGCUAAGGCUUUCAUGUGAAAUGAAAAAUCCACUCACCGUUAAGGCACAGCCAAGGCGCUGGUGAUAACUGAGUUUAGACCGAGUUAUAUUACCGUACGUAGCAGCCAAUGAGUUGGUAGUAAUCAGUGAGAGUGUGAUGAUAUUUGCUUUAUAAUCCAAUGUUAUUUGUAUAUUAACAACCAACAGUUUGGAUAUUGUAUAUAUAUAAAUUUUGGUAUGAUAUGGAAA